CAGUAGUACGUCACGCAGUGCGUCCGUGCCGCCGUCUAGUAGUCGUCGUUUAAAAACAAAACAAAAACCCACACAAUAAUCGUCAACGUAAAAAAAAAAACACCACCGGUAAAACAAAAACCGACCGACCGUCGAUAACAAUAAUAGUAUGCCUAGCUAUAAUAUUAUGUGAUAUUAUUAGUAUGUUGUGCUAUCUGAUGAUCGAUACGAUGAAUAAUUAAUAAGUAAUCAAAACAGUGUAAGUGACAGACAACGCGACCGCGAUUUCAAGAGGUACGGAAAAGAAAAAAAAAAGUAAAAAAAGUUACAAAUCGAAAUGUAUGCCGCCGAUUUCCAUUGACCAUUGACACCGCGCAUAACAUUAUUAUACCGUAGUGUUGUUUGAGAUUAACAAGUCUAUUCAUCAUGCCAGGUUCAAGGCACAAAAUAUUAAGCCAUGUGUUCAGUGGCUUUUCUGAAAAAAUGGGCCGUACAAAAGUAUUGGACAUCGGGACRCAAGCAAUCGAAACACCACUAAAACGAUGUUUGACAACAUUUGACAUAACUCUUUUAGGAAUCGGUCACAUGGUGGGUGCCGGGAUUUACGUACUGAUCGGCACGGUCGCCAAGGAAAUGGCUGGUCCAGCGAUCAUACUAUCGUUUAUGUUGGCUGGCGCAGCGUCCAUGUUGGCUGCAUUGUGCUACGCCGAAUUCGGUACUCGCAUACCAAAAGCCGGUUCUGCGUACAUCUACACGUACGUGAGCGUCGGCGAGUUUUGGGCAUUCGUUAUUGGAUGGAACAUCAUACUCGAGCACAUGAUUGGUGCUGCGUCUGUGGCCAGAGCAUGGAGUGGGUUCUUCGAUUCGAUGUUUGACAACGUUAUCAGAAACACGACGAUAUCCGUGUUGGGUGAACUUCACGAGACACUGUUUGGCAAGUAUCCGGACGUGUUUGCAUUUUUCGUGUGUUUGCUGCACGCGUGUAUCCUGGGGGUAGGCGUUAAAACUUCGUCGUACAUGAACAGCUUCUUGACGCUGAUCAACCUCGGCGUGAUGGCCGUGAUCGUAGUGGCCGGAUAUUAUUAUGGRAACAGUGACAACUGGUCCAGUGACGGCGGAUUUAUGCCGUACGGCACGACUGGUAUCAUAGCCGGGGCAGCCACCUGUUUCUACGCUUACGUCGGCUUCGACAGCAUCGCCACCUCGGGCGAGGAAGCAAAGGACCCGGCCUAUUCGAUUCCAGUGGCCACGAUAAUUGCGAUGAGCGUCGUUUGCACAGGUUACGUAUUGGUGAGCGGAGCAUUAACAUUCUUGGUCCCAUACUGGUCCAUCGUUCCCGAUGCAGCAUUUCCGGCGGCAUUUGCUGGAUUAGACUUGAACUGGAUUAAGUAUUUAGUAUCAGUAGGAGCAUUGUGUGGAAUGACUACUACUUUGUUUGGAUCUCUUUAUUCGUUGCCCAGAUGUAUUUAUGCGAUGGCCGAUGAUGGAUUGAUUUUUAAAUUCUUAGCCAAAGUCAACAAAAAAACUCAAAUACCAAUAAUAAAUUUGGCUAUAUCUGCCUUUUUGUGUGCAUUGAUAGCCUUAUUCUUYGAUUUGGAAAAAUUAGUUGAAUUUAUGUCGAUCGGUACAUUGUUGGCUUAUACUAUUGUCAGUGCUUCAGUAAUAAUAUUAAGAUACCGUCCUACCAACCGYGGUCUAGUACGGGAUUCUAGUAGUCUCUUAGAACUUCCUACUUCGCAGGCAGACUCUUUUGAAAUGGACAUGGGAGGACGCUUAAAACCAUCCUAUAAGUUUCUAGAACCAUUUUUUGGCGAAUUCGAACCUGGUUACAUAGUUUGUGUGAGUAUUGGUUGCUUCACAAGUUCCACCGUCAUCUUGUGCGUUUAUAUUCAAUACUGGUUUAAUAUCGAACAUGUGAGUUGGACCGACGGCGUUGUGUUGGCAAUGUUGGGCACCGAUUUAAUUUUAUGUCUGCUCCUGAUUGAAGCCCAUGARCAAAAUUCAACAGAACUMCCGUUUAUGGUACCCCAUGUGCCUCUAAUACCAUCGCUUAGCAUUGUUUGUAACAUMGUGUUGAUGACUAAUCUUAAUUUGCUUACUUGGAUACGGUUUUUCAUAUGGAUGGUUWUAGGUCUUUUGAUUUACUUCUUGUACGGAAUGCACCACAGCAAAGAAAACGACGUCACAUCUUAUUCGGUAUUGCUUUCGUCCUCUGAAGCGGGAAAGACACCGUGGGGAGCUAUAAACAAAUCUAGAAAACGAGUGAAAUCCGAAGAUGACCGGAAACCAAUUAUUGACAAUGAAGAACUUGCAGAAAACGGUUAUUACCACUGAACAAAUAAUUAAUAUUAGAUGAUCUGCUAAAACCGUUAYUAUUAGUGAGAUGUUUCAUCGUGUUGCUGAAAAAUACUCGUYGGAGGGUGCCAUUCAAAUAUAUAUAUAUAUUAUAUAUUUAUAUGUAAUAAUAAAAAUAGUGUUAAUAUUAUGGUCGGUUAAAACUAUAUGCGUGUUGUUUAUACGUAGUAUCCUUGUAGGUCAUUAAACCAUUGCUACGGAAUGUUUUGAAUAAUAUCGCAAUAUUUUUCGUUUCUGUGUUAACUUUAACUUCAAAAUAUGUUCUUACACGUUACACUCCUGUUAAAAAGUAUAUUACCAAAAUAUGGUUAAUCGACAAUCGUUGUCCAUGAAAAUUGAUUGAUAUAAUACAAUGUGUGUAUAGAAUUUCUAAACA